AUUAUCACAAUCUGUAGCUUAAGUCCAGGCGCAGCAGCAGCAGCAGCGUUAAGUACUUCAGUGUGAGCGGAAGACGAGGGGAAAGAGUCGGCAUGGCCCACAAAAGCGACUUUCAGUUCUCCAUCAGGGAAUACAAACCCUCAGACGAACAUGUGGUCAUGUCACUUUUUCACGACGGGAUACUCGAACACGUUUAUCCGGCAUUUUUCAAGGCAAUGAGCAACCCAGACCACAUCGGCAUUGCUUUGAGCAUUUCCAUGGCUGGCUACGUCCUCGGAGGCAGCUCCUACUUCCAGGCUUUGCUCUUUGGCAGCCUUUGGGCCGGCCUCAUUUAUUACUGCUGCCAUGACAUCUACAAUAGCUACAUGAUGGGGAGGCUUAGCACAGACAUGGCUGACAUUCAAGCGAGCUACCUGGAAAACCCCGACAACGGCUUCUGGGUGGCAGAGGCAGACGUCAACGGCCAAGCCAAGGUGGUGGGGAUGGUGGCGGUCGUGGGCAAAAGUGGGGAGGAAGAAGGCGAAAGGUUUGACGACUUGAACGGAGGAGUGAGCAACAGAGAGUUUAAUCAAGACACCGGCGACAGAGGUUAUGCCCAUAUGCGUCACGCAGUUGUGGCGUUCGCAUGGCGCCGCAGGAGCCUGGGCUCGCAGCUGACGCGCAAGGCCCUGGAUUUCUGCAAGGAGCGAGGGUUUUCCCGGCUCGUUGUGGACCUCAGCUCACCACAGACUGCAGCCAUUUCCAUGUGUCAAAAACUAGGCUUUGUUCAAACAGCCUCGCACUGUAACACCCACGCUAAUCGCUGGUUCGCCAAACUUGCCACAAUAAAUGUGAUGCAAAUGGAGAAGUUGAUUUAAAAAAAACAAAAACCGGACACUUGUUUGACAUUAACACCUCACACUGAGCGAACUGUUCAGUAAAGCCAGAAUAUUACAGCUAAUUUAUGCUUUUUGUCAUGUUUAAUUCAAAAGAUUUGUCUGCGAGCUAGUUGCACUCUUUGUUAGCUUGCUAGCAUUAACGUUUUGGUGGGAAAAAAAAUAAAUAAUCUCUUUUUCUCCACAAA